CUCCGCCGCACGCUGCAGCCGCGGCUGGAAGAUGGCGGGGAACGACUGCGGCGCGCUGCUGGACGAAGAGCUCUCCUCCUUCUUCCUCAACUAUCUCGCAGACACACAGGGUGGAGGGUCUGGGGAAGAGCAACUCUGCGCCGACUUUCCAGAGCUCGACCUCUCCCAGCUGGAUGCCAGUGACUUCGACUCGGCCACCUGCUUCGGGGAGCUGCAAUGGUGCCCAGAGAACUCCGAGACAGAACCCAGCCAGUACAGCCCCGAUGACUCUGAGCUCUUCCAGUCCUCACUUCAGAUCAUUGACAGUGAGAAUGAGGCCUUCCUGGCAGCACUCACCAAGACCCUGGACGACAUCCCUGAAGAUGACGUGAGCCUGGCCGCCUUCCCGGCCCUGGACGAUGACGACACACCCUCCUGUGCCUCAGCCUCGCCUGCCCCCUCGUCAGCGCCCCCCAGCCCCUCCCUGGAGACGCCCCCAGCCCCAGCCCCUGAGGGGGAUGAGCUGUCCCUGCUGCAGAAGCUGCUCCUUGCCACAAGCUCUGAUAUCCAGAAGGAAGGGAACACAUGGCGGCAGGCAGGCCCCAGGUCCAAAAGCCAGCGGCCUUGUGUCAAGAUGGACAGCACCCAAGACAAGAAGACCCCCCUAACUCAGUCUCAGAGUCGGAGCUGUACAGAACUGCAUAAGCACCUCACCUCAAUGGUCUCCUGCCCCCAGGCUAAAGCCCACUCCCCGGAGAGGGGUCUGCAGCCACUACCCCCCCUGAGUCCCCGGCUCCCUGCCAGGGAGGAUGAGGAGCCGGGUGAGGACUGCCCGAGCCACCAGUCAGCCCCAGCCUGUCCCCGGGACUCCCCAGCACCAGGCAGGGCAGGCCCCAGUGCCCAGCUUUCCCAGGAGAACAUGCAGGCGAUGGUGCAGCUGAUUCGCUACAUGCACACCUACUGCCUCCCCCAGAGGAAGCUGCCCCUACAGGCCCCAGAGCCCGCCCCCCAGCCCUGCAGCAGCCCCUCCAAGCAGGUCAGAGCCCGGCCCCAGUCCCGACACCCCUCCAAAGCAUCCUGGGCUGAGUUCUCCAUCCUGAGGGAACUUUUGGCACAAGAUAUCCUCUGUGAUGUCAGCAAACCCUACCGCCUGGCCACGCCUGUCUACGCCUCGCUUACACCCCGGCCGAGGCACAGGCCCCCCAAGGACAGCCAGGCCUCCCCUGGCCACCCAUCCCCGGUAGAGGAGGUAAGGAUCGCAGCUUCACCCAAGAGCACAGGGCCCAGACCGAGCCUGCGUCCGCUGCGGCUGGAAGUGAAAGGAGGUGUCCACCGGUCUACCAGGCUGCAGCAGGAAGAGGAGGAAGAUGAGGAGGAAGAAGAGGAAGAGGAUGAGGAAGAAAAGGAAGAGGAGGAGGAGGAGUGGGGCAGGAAAAGGCCAGGCCGAAGCCUGCCAUGGACCAAGCUGGGCAGGAAACUAGAGAGUUCUGUGUGCCCCGUGAGGCGUUCAAGGAGGCUGAACCCCAACCUGGGCCCCUGGAUGACAUUUACUGAUGAAUCCCUGGUCCCUGCAGAGCCGCAAGGUGCUCUGCCCUCACUGUGCCUGGCUCCCAAGGCCUACGACAUGGAGGGGGAGCUGGGCAGCCCCACGGAUGAGGACAGUGGCCAAGACCAGCAGCUCCUACGGGGACCCCAGAUCCCAGCUCUGGAGAGCCCCUGCGAGAGUGGGUGUGGGGAUACGGAUGAGGACCCCGGCUGCCCGCGGCUCCCUUCUAGAGACUCUCCCAGGUGCCUCAUGCUGGCCUUGUCACAAAGCCCCACCAGCGACCCUCCUUUUGGCAAGAAGAACUUCGAACAGACCUUGACAGUGGAGCUCUGUGGCACAGCAGGACUCACCCCACCAACCACGCCCCCCUACAAGCCCACAGAGGAGGACCCCUUCAAGCCCGACGUCAAGCACAGCCCAGGAAAAGACAUAGCUCCCAGUCUCCCCUCCUCUGAAGGCCUCCAGCUUGGGGCCACCACAGGGGCUGCCCACAAGCUGCCAAGGAAGCACCCAGAGCGUAGCGAGCUCCUGUCCCACCUACGGCACACUGCAGCCCCGCCGGCCUCCCAGGCUGGCCAGAAGCGCCCUUUCGCCUGUUCCUUUGGGGACCACGACUACUGCCAGGUGCUCAAGCCAGAGGGCGCCCUGCAGAGGAAGGUGCUGAGGUCCUGGGAGCCAUCUGAGGUGCACCUUGAGGACUGGCCCCAGCAAGGUGCCCCACAGGCUGAGGCACUGGCCUGUGUCAGGGAGGACAACAAAAGCUGUGAUGCCAACGCCCCCACCAAGGACAGUGUGCUGCUAAGAGACCACGAGAUCCGUGCCAGCCUCACCAAGCACUUUGGGCUCCUGGAGAGUGCCCUGGAGGACGAAGAUGUGGCCUCGUGCAAGAGCCCCGAGUACGACACCGUCUUUGAGGACAGUAGCAGCAGCAGCGGUGAGAGCAGCCUCCUCCUGGAGGAGGAGGAUGAUGAGGAGGACUCAGGGGUCAGCCCCCCUCGCUCUGACCACUGCCCCUACCAGAGCCCACCAAGCAAGGCCAGUCGGCAGCUCUGUUCUCGCAGCCGCUCCAGCUCCGGCUCCUCCUCCUGCCGCUCCCGGUCACCAGCCACCCGGAGGACCUUCAGAUGUGAGAGCAGAGGGCCGUGUUCAGACGGAACGCCAAGCGUCCGGCACGCCAGGAAACGGCGGGAAAAGGCCAUUGGUGAAGGCCGGGUCGUGUAUGUUCGAAAUCUCCCCAGCGACAUGAGCUCCCGCGAGCUGAAGAGGCGCUUUGAGGUGUUUGGUGAAAUUGUAGAGUGCCAGGUGCUGAUGAGAAGCAAGAGAGGUGAGAAGUAUGGCUUCAUCACCUACCGGUGUUCUGAACAUGCCGCCCUCUCUGUGAGGAACGGCGCUGCCCUGAGGAAGCGCAAUGAGCCCUCCUUCCAGCUGAGCUACGGAGGGCUGCAGCACUUUUGCUGGCCCAGAUACACCGACUACGAUUCCAAUUCAGAAGAGGCCCUUCCCACGUCAGUGAAAAACAAGUACGAAGCCAUGGAUUUUGACAGCUUACUGAAGGAGGCCCAGCAGAGCCUGCAUUGAUAACAGCCUUAACCUUCGAGGAAUACCUCAAUACCUCAGACAAGGCCCUUCCAAUAUGUUUACGUUUUCAAAGAAAUUAAGUAUAUGAGAGAGCAAGCACGAGAGAGAACACACGUGAGAGAGAGACUUGAAACUGCUGUCCCUUUAAAAAAAAAAAAAAUCAAUGUUUACAUUGAACAAAGCUGCUUCUGUCCGUGAGUUUCCAUGGUGUUGACGUUCCACUGCCACAUUAGUGUCCUCGCUUCCAAUGGGUUGUCCUGGGUGCCCUUCUCAGUUUCCCCUUCCUUCCCAACUGACUUCCCCUCGUAGACUUGCAGCUGUGUUCACCAUAACAUUUCUUGUCUGUAGUGUGAUGAUGAAAUUGUUACUUGUGAAUAGAAUCAGGAUUAUAAACUCAUUUUUAAUUGAAGAAAAAAGUAUAUCCUUAAAAUAAUGUAUUUAUGGCUCAGAAGUCUGUGCCUGGGAUUAUUGUAUUGCUUCCUUGAUUUCUUAACUAUGCACUGUCAUGAGGUGUUUGCCACUGAGCUGCUCUGCUCCCCUUGCCAGACUGCCCUAGAAAUGUAGGCUGGUCCCCAGGGCAAACGCAGCCUGCAGCCACACUUAGGAGCAGUGGAGAGAGCUUUCCUGGCCUUUUCCACUAAACCCAUGCCAAGCCCUGCCCUGUCUCUUACUAAGCAAGUUCAGGUCAAAUUACAAUCAGAGUCACCAUCUUGUGCCCAGCUCACAUUUACAGAGUUUGUUCUUGUUCAUUGGCGCUACGGACCCUCAUGUAGCUUGUAAGGAAGGCAGGGUGAGCUGUGUUAUUCCAGCUUUCUAGGUGAGGAAGGCAGUGCGCCGAGGGGUGAAAUGACUUGGCCGAGGUCUACCAGUGAGAGGGUAGAGCACUGGCUCAGGCCAAGUCUCCUGACUCCUGGUGCUAUGCUCCUGUAGUAUUAGGGUAAAGAUGCAGUUUCAGGGACAGAUAGAGGCGAGUUCAGUUAAAUUGGGCAACAAACCAGAAGCCUAAGGGUUCAUUUUGGGGAUUUAAGUCAACCAGUGACUCCCCAGCCUUAGAGUUCAAACUCUGGUGCGUAUCUUGGGCUUACCAUCAGCUUUGAUCCGGAGUGGUUCUGUGGCUUGCCCAAGCCUGUGGACGCUCAAUCAAAGCUUCCCUGACAUACCUGGCAGUGAUACAAUCUGGGAGCAGCCAUCCUUUUUUGGUCAGCCAACCAACCUAUCCAUUAUCUUUACCUUUCUUCAUUUGUAAAACUGUUCAGGGGAAGGAGGACAGAUAGGGGAAGCCAGAAUAUGAGGGUUGGGGAUGGAAAGACAAUCACCAAGUUUCCUUCCACCUUAGAAAGCAUUCUAAUUGGGCUUUACUUUAAACUUUGUGAGUAAUGUCAAAACCAUGUCCAAGUAGGAUGUUCUGCAGGUGCCUUGGGGGCCAUUCAUGAAGGAGAACAUGGCUGUUGCUUCUGCUUCAGACACAGCAGCUCCUACAUCUCUCACACAUCAGGGUUCCUUGGGAAGGUUUUGUAUUAAAAAGGGAAAAAAAGGUCCCGCUGCUUGAAAAAAGCUUGAAAAUGACUCAUUAAACUGAACGAGCUUAUUUAAUCUGUUGCUAAUACCAUGCCUAUCAUUUAGGAAUUUUUGUUGAUAUAUAUAUAUUUUUAAGAUUCUCAAAUACCUCAGUGGGUGAGCUAGGCUGCUGAUCUUGUCUGGGAUGGUAAACAUACCCCAAGUCCACAUAGAAAGCUUUGGAAGGAACAGGGAAUUUGAAUCUUGUGUGUCAAAUCACUUGACCUCUCUGGGCUUCAGUUUCCCUUUCUGUGGAAUGAAUUGAGGGGGAAUUAGGCAGGUUGAUUUCUAAGGUCCCUGCCUGUCAGCUCUAAGAGUCUUAGUUUCUUCUGCUAAUUCGGUGUUUAGUUCAAGAUAGCAAAUGCAUGGCACAUGUGCCACUAUUUCCACAUCUUGGUCAAUGGCAGGCAUAACUAAAGGAUCACAGCACUCAUGUUUUUUGAGUCUGGACAUGUUAGAAUCCUCAACACUGUGCUCUGAGCAGUCAUUACUAAUUAAUCAGAGUUUAACCUAUUUGACAUCCUGGUCUAAUUUUUGAAAGGUGUCCAUCACACAGAACCAUAUUCUGGCUGGGUUUUAGCAGUCCACAAGUCUGACUCAUCCUUGCCUGCCAUAUCGUCAUCUAUGAGAGAGAGUUCCCCUAAGGCCAUUCCUGGCACAGGAAUCCCAAUACCACUGUCACACACCUUCACGGUGGUGGGCGAAGUGGGAGAGAAGCAGCAGACAUGGACAUGUUUAGGGAAGGCAGUGCACCGGACGGUGAAAUGACUUGGCUGAGGUCCACAGCCAGAGAGAGCAUAGAGCACUGACUUAGGCCAAGUCUCCUGACUCCUGGUGCUAUGCUCCUGUGGUGUUAGGGUAAAGAUGCAGAGCUUAUGAGAAUAUACUGAAAAGGGACUUUCAACAAUACAGAUGUGAACAUUCUCUUAGUACCUGUUCACUGCCCAGCACACAGAAGGCACACAAUAAAUGAUUAUGGAACGGGGUAGAAAAGAAUUUAAGUCCUUGUUCUGCCUCGAGGUCCUAAUUUGCAGCAAGGAGUAAAACUGAGAUUUAACCCCAUGAAAACCAGUAGGAAAAGGCACUAGAUUCAGAGUCUAGAGAGCUGGAUUGAGACCUGACUCCACCAAGAACUUACUUUGUGGCCUUUGAUAAGUUCCUUACCCUCUCCGGAGCCUCAGCAUGCUAGAAGGAGUUGGACUAGAUGAUCACUAAGCCCUUCCUAUUUGCUGCUUCUUUGAUUGCACUAGGCCGAGGGUUCUACAUGAACUGGUGGUACUUCAGAGAAAAGAAAUGCAGGUCUUUGCUAGAGGCCAAGAUUCCCCUUGCCCUUCUGAGUCAGCUGAAGCUUCCCUUUAACUUCAGAUUAACACAGGGCACUCUAAGUUACUUAGACAUUGGCCCUUGAGCAGAGCAGAAGACCUGAGUAUGGCAUUGGGACAUGAUGAGAUCAGGGCUAGGGCCGCUGAUGUAGUUUCUGUUCGCCAUCCCACUCAUAAAAGGCUACAAGUUCUCAAAUUGACCAACCCUGCAGACAGUCUCAAUUUGGAAGACUCAUUCGGUGCUGUGUAUUAUUUACCAAGGAGACGCCGAGGUCUCCCCAGGAAAACCAUUUAACCUUGGUCUCUUUCCCACCAAAUUAAGGAGCAACCCAGAGGGAGCAGCUGCCUUUGGCAACCAUCUCCUAGUAGCUCUGUCCUAGUAUUUGCUCUCAAUGAUGUUUACAUGUGAUUGCCAUAAAAGCUUACUGUAGACUGUGUCGAUAGUUGCCCAUGCUAGGCAGGUCAUACUGUCCAUCUCUGUGCCGUGCUGGUGUUUUCCAAAAAUGUCUAAUCCAAUCACCAAGUGGAAUUCUUCCAUCUCCUUCCUCAGUCAAUUCAAGGCUGAAUCAGAAUCCUCACUCUUGGGGGCUCUGGUUACUGAAGGAAAAUGCAUCAAAGAGGUAAAGAAUAUGAGUGGAUGGAGUGUAGCUAAGGCUCCUAUGCCCCUUACCCCAUCACACCCUGCCCCCCAGCCAGAAAACCUGCCUCUUGCAAGUCUGAAUCACCUUGAGAUCUCGAAGCAUUGUGUGUCACAGGGGCUCGGGAGACAGGCAGGGCUUCAGGAUGGGGAAUGCUCUGAAUUACAGACUCAGGACUCAAGUCCUGACAUGGGAAGGGCUGCAAUAAGAAGUUUUGCGUUGCCUAAAGCCUGUGCUUUUUGAUUUUUGAGAGCGAUUUCUCCUGGGCGUAUGCAGUGUGCCUGCAGAGAAAGCUAUGCAGGUUGAUGGGUGGAGGGUGCAGGGAAGGGCAUCUGCAGCCAGGUCCAUGGCCUGGUCCUGGCCUCGGGGUCAGCUGAAAUCCCGACUGACCCUACAGCCUGAGAGGCAGGUCAUCCCAACUAUGAAGCAGAAUCAGCGCUAGAGAAUUUGUUGAUCUGAUUCACCGAGGUCAAAAUUGCAGUAUUUUUCUUCACAUCUGAGAUUUGGCAGCUGCCCUCACUUUGAGGGAACCCCAUUUCCCAGCAGCAGAUUUGACCAAAGAAGGGAAUCAGGUGAAUGUACAGUAACAAAUAAAGUGAACCUAGGUAGUGCAAAUGGCUAAUGCACUCAGCUGCUAACCUAAAGGUUGGAGAGUCAAGUUCGCCCAGAUCUGACAAUCUACGUCCGAAAAAUCAGCCACUGAAAACCCUGUGGAGUGCAGUUUUACUCUGACACACAUGGGGGUCGCCAUGAGUUGGGGUCGACUCAAAGUCAGCUGGUUUUUAAUGGUUUCCUUGGUCAAAGAAAAGGAACCCCUUGACCCCUUCCCACCUGGGCAAAGGGAACAGAUUAGUACUUAAGUGCAAUAUGUUAACACUGGUUCCCAAGUCCCCACAGCGUUUGUGCACACAGAUGGGCUCCAGGGCAAUUUGCUGAGUCUGGAGGUACAGGGUAAGUGUAGGCAGAACAUGGGAGCUGGGAGAUCCGUGUGCACAGAAAUGCCCUCAACCCAACAGACAAUGAAUGGGUGGGGGAGCCCCAGGGAGCUGCUGCAGGAAGUAGACAGGCAGAUUUUGCAUUGAACCAUUAGAAGCACUUUGAGAAAUAACACACCACCUCCGCCUGGCUCCGUGUCUCUACACUGGCAAAUGUGGGUCUCCUUUGGCUGUGUGUAGUCCACUUCCGGGGAUUGAGAGAGGGUGUCGGGCAGGGGGUUAGUGUGUGUGUAUUGGGGGAGGGAGGAGCAGAGAUGCCGUCCAAGAUGACAGCAGCAGGAGAGGUGAUCCAUGAGCCAGCAACCUGCUGGUCUCUUUGUUGAGGGCCUAAGAAACAGGGUUUAGAUCUUGGUGCAAGCACUUUUGUUAAAAAAAAAAAAAAGAAAAAAACCCUGCCAACUGGAUUGGGUUUGUAGGGCAAAUCAUUUAACUAUAAGCCAUCUCAGAGUGAGAAACCCCAAUGCAAAGGGACCUGUUUCUGUAUUUACUGUGUGACCUUUGUCGACCUCAGUUUCCUUAUCUAGCAGAUUAGGGUGUCGAUUGGGAUGAAUGCUAAAGUCCCUUCCACCUCCGAUAAGCUCAGAUUCCCAUCCUGGAGCACAGGGAAACCAUGGCUAGCCCGUUAAACCAAUUUCAUACUCCGGCUGUGCCCAGCUUACGUUCAGGGUGAGAGUUCUCUGCGAGGUAACCAACAGCAGCAGCUCGGAACGCACACAGUUCUGGCUGAGUUACCUUAUAUGAGGAGGCCGUCUCCCCGGGCCAGAUCUAAGCCAUAGUUCCUAGUGGGGAUGGUGAGAUGUUAAACCGCAGCUUGGCUAGGUGGCUGUGUGGAAUCUCCCAUUAGCCUUGUCAUCAUCCCUACUGAACAUCUUUUAAUCUGAAUGUUGUGACCACUUGGUUGUAUCUCUCUUGCUCUCAGACCAGACUAGCAAUACACUUGUUUUUUUGAAACAGCCUAACUUAGGAAUUUUUCACACGUUUCUUUUCAAAUGAUUGUGAAGCAUAUGGGGCAACAGGAGGCAUCGAUCAUACUGCAUAUGUUUAGGGCAGCUUGUGUUUUUUGUUUCUUUAGUGGUAUAGCCGCAGUGACUGAGGUUUGGGAUUUGGAGAAACUUCAGAUUUUCCAUUUCAUCUGAAUGCCUUUCACACCCAGAAGCAGCAUAGAAUCCAACUGCCCAAGUUUGGGGCUUGGAAAAUAUGGUAUUUAUAGCUGGUCUGGCCCUGGUCUGUGCAACAGUCCUCAAAGAAGUGUUUGUAUAGCUAGCACCCCCUCCGUGCUGUACUUGUUGCCAAAGGAUCCUCCAAGGAAGCCUAAAAGAGCCUUCUGUUUUUGCUUUUCCUGCCUUGCUUAUUGGUUACUUGUGAAGGGGAUUGGUCAGUUCCCACCUCAGUACUUUGCCUUAUCAACAUCUAGUCGCCAUCUAGUGGCCAAAGAUUGUAUCUACCAGCUACCCAGAUGGAAGGCAAAUAAAUCUGCCAUCUUGCUGUCCAACACUAUCUUUGGGAAUGAAGUCUAAUGGCAUAAGCAGAGCUGUCUGUGUGUUGACAGCCCAGUGUAACACUAGGGUCAGAAGACUCCAGAAGCAACCACGCAGACUGAGAAAUGCACUAGCUAUCCUGUGGGCAGAGGAGACAAGAGUGGACCUUCGUGUCCAGGUGCCCAGGAGGGGUUUACUGUAACUGCAAUACUGGCAGCCCAGCUGCUGCUCUUGUUAAGUGAACCUCUGCUAGGUGGCCCACACUAUACCCUCGGGACAAGCCAAGAGGUGAGAAUUCUGUGGGGGGCCUAGCUAUGGCCUUUGAUGUGGUCCACCGAAUAGCCAAACAGGUUUUUUUGUUUGUUUUUGUCUCUUGUAUUUAAAAAAUCUUGUCAAAUACGUUUUUGUGUUAGGAAUAAAAAGUCAUAAACUCUUCCCAACUUUGUUUCUUGAGGGAUGUUGUGAUUCUGAUGGAAACAAGUUGGAAAUCUCAAGGGGAGCGUGGUCAGGGUUGUAAGUGGAGCAGGGAAGAGGACCACUUGAAUUUCCAGACAAUUUCUGGGGAAGAUGACCAUCCAGAAGUCCAACUCAGUACAGUCUGCUUUGGAAAUUCGCACUCCCGCCCUCCACCUCCUUGUGCCACAACGUUAGCAUUGGCUUUGAGCAUCUGCUUCUCCCAGGGGCAGCUGCUAAUGUUGAAACCAACACGAGAUUCCUCUCCCCAACCCCAGAUUUCUAGAGAGAUGGUGUCUGUAGCUAGCCUUAAUAGACUGGGCAAGGUGGUCCCUAUGGUCCCUUCAGCAUUUCCAAAACUUGGACUCAAAUCUUUUUCUCUUAGUGUGACCAUGCAGCCUAGAGAAUUCUGAGCAAUAGGGAGCCAGGGCUUUCCCUGGCUCUGUGACAGGGUCAAACCAGGGAAUGGCUAAACUCGUGAGGUUUUGGCAUCCCCAGGGGUACUGCCGUAGGGGGCAUUAUUUAUUAGGAAGCUCAACAAGGUAGCUACAGCCUGGGAUGCGUGAAUGUAAGGCUGUGUUUGUAUGGGUGUGUGUAUGUGCACGUGUGUCUGUGUUGUGUGUGUAUGUGUGGAAUUACAUUGAUGCAUUUCUUGAGAAAGGUGCAAGAAUUUCACCUACACAGAGGGACACAUCUGCUUUGUUAUUUAUAAUAGAAAGCUAAAUUUUAAUUUUUUAAAGGACACUGCUAAUGAUUGAGAAUCGAGUUUUUAGUUUUGCUAUUUUUUUUAAUUGGUAGAGGAUUUUUAUAUAUUUUUUCCAUUUUGUUGGGUUGUGUCCUUAUUUAUAUAAAUACUUUAUCUGUAAGAGGCAAGGAAGAACCCUUCUUUGCUUUUAAUUAUUGUGGUUGUCAUUGUCCCUAUUUUAUUUCUGGUGUGAUUUAUCUGUCUACCUUCUAAAUGAGAAAAUGUUUUCCUGUAUUUGUACAUUGUCAGAUUCUAUAGUUUCAUAGAUAAUUUAACCAAAUUGCUCUAUGUAUUAUUAUUCCGUGAGUAUAAAGUUCUAUUUUAACGUCUGUAAAUACUUCAGAACUGGCUUCUUUUCUCAAACUCCCACUGGGGAGUUAUUGUUUACAUCACAAAAACUGUAGAAUCUCUAUGCUCAUGUACUGUAAAUAGUGAAGUGAUCUGCUUAUAAAUAAACUUAACAAAUACACUAUGGAGAUUAAAAAGGAAAUACCACCCACAGCCCUGCCCAGGUGUGUCUUUAUUGGUCUGGUGUGUGCCUGUUGGGGUAGCUCUGUCCACUAAAUAGGGAAGAGAGUCCAGUUUCAAUGUCACUUCCUCAGAAAAGCCCCCGGUCAAGGUUUGCCCCCACCCCACCGAUACUCUCUGUUCACUUUUAAAACACUUUGUUCAGUUCACAGCACUUUUGGGGGUUUAUAAUGCCCAUCCGGAGUCCAUGAGUGGAGCAAACAGUUAAUGCGCACGGCUGUUAAACAAAAGCUUGACAGUGUGAGUCCACCUAGAGGUACCUCAGAAGAAAGGCCUGGUGAUCUCCUGAAAAUCAGCCAUUAAAACCCCUGUGAAGCACAGAUUACUCUGACACACAUGAGGUUGCCAUGAAUUGGAGUCAACUCGAUGACAACGGAAAAAAAAAAAAAAGGCAUGCAGACUUACCUCACAUAACGGUUGUUCCAUUAAUGACUUUCUGCUAUGACUUUUGUAAAGUUAAGUAACCCUGGUGAUGCAGUGGCUAAAGCAAUUCCUCUCCAGGGGAGAAAGAUGUGACGGUCUGCUUCCUAACAGAUUUACAGCCUUGGAAACCCUGUGGGGUCACUAUGAGUUGGAAUCAACUUGACAGCAGUGGGUUUGGGUUUUGGGUUUGUGAAGUUAUACCACUUUUUGAACCAGGACUCCCUCUUUUGGUAUAUCAACACUUUCAUAUAAGCACACUAAAUAGAUUUACUAGAAGAGAUAUUUUGACUUUGUAAUUUUAAGCAAAAACACUCGUUGAUUUACAAUUACAAAACUUCCUGAUCAGGGUGCUAUAAAUCAGAUUUGAAUUGUUCAUCACAUUUGCGUGAACCCGAAACAUUUUUCUUUGCUUGCAUAUUCCAGCGAGAGGAAGGAGGAAGUGGUCAUUCUAAGACUCAGUCUUGUUCGCAUGUAUCAUUUCCUCAUGUCUCAAAGCACUCCCGUAUCUAGACUUUACCUUACCCUAAAGCUGUAUUUUUGUGCUUUCGCUUUUAUUUUUAAGUGAAGUUUAAGUGCAAAGGUGCCCAUGAGCCCCAAAGGGGUUGAAACGUUGGCAAAGAAGAUUAUACAUAAACGACAGCAGGCUUCUCUGGCGUGAGUUACAGUCAUUCAUGAGGACGUCUGUGACUGAUUCCUUGGUAUCUGUCACUCCCUCACUAGACGGUUUUGGAGGCCUCUUCCCUUCCGCAGGCUUCACACAGGUUUUGCCUUUGCUGGGACGCUGUUACUCCCCUCCUCUUCCUUUAGGCCUCUGCUCAAACGUCAUCCCUUCAGCAGAGGAAAGCUGGCAGAGAGGCAGGACCUCACACCACCAAGAAAGAAGCACCUGGAGCACAGAGUGUCCUUUGGACCCAGGGUUCCUGCACUGAGAAGUUCCUUGACCACGGGAAGAUUGGUGACAAGGACCUCCCUUCUGAGCCAACAGAGAGAGAAAGCCUU